AAUGGUUUGAACUCGUAAUGGGGCAGUUUGCAAAGGGAGGGAAAUUUCGGCAAACAAGAUCCAGUGUCACAUCACAUUUCUUAAGAAAAAUUAGUUUAUACCUGAACUUCGUUCAAUGAAGUGAACAUUGACCGCACUUUAGUAAGAAGUCACUAUAUUAUCCUCAUUAGGACGGAAAAUUUGGAACCAUAAGAAAUUGUCUGCAAAGUUCAAUAUUCCAUCUUGAUCGCCAGAAGAUUCAACUGAAGGAUUUUAAUUCAAACACGAAAGGAUUUCCCAAAGAUGGAAAAUAUUGAACCACAAGUGCCGGUACUGCGGGAUCCAAGGAGACACAUUUCUACGGACAGGGGACUGCAGCAAAAUCGAAAUCCUCAGGGCCUGCGUGAGGCCUAUUUUAUGUGGGAACACGCUACUAAUGACUCGCGAGUGAUAAACUACUUUUCCGGCAAUCCUCAUCAAGCAGGAUCCGCUGCUCGAGUUCCUCACGAACUUCCGGUUCCACGCUGGCCCCAUGUUGGCGAAUUCGGCCACAUCAUAAAUUACAAUAUUCGAGUUCAGCAGCUCCCAACUCAAGAUCUUCCCAGGCCUAGGCAGCCGCCUAUUCAGAGACCUGCUGCAGAGCAAAAACUGCUGAAGAUGAUCGAGGAAGAUGUCGACCGUUGAUAGGGAGAGUGCGAUACAUUCUAAAUAAAAUCGGGAUAAUAUAAUGCAUAUUUAUAAAAAAAACGUAUGAACGUUUCAUAUGUUGAAAUAUUUGUGAAAUUAAGGUUUUUUUGUUGUUUAUAAAAAAAGACAGUUUCCACAGUUACAUGGAACAGAUUUUGACCUAAAGUUUAUAACUAAUAGGACUUUUUAAACAGUUCUUUGGCACAAUAUGAUCAAUUUAGGACCAAAUUAAAAAUA